CUUUCAUCCUUCCCUUUGCCACCAGGGUUCCUGGCUAGUUCCUGGAGCACUGUCUUCACUCCUAUCUAGCUCUUCAUACUGCCUUUCGUUCCCUAAGGCUGUGGUCACUUUGAAGCCCAGCUAGGCCGAUGACCACACAUUGCCUUCAGUGCUACUCCUUCCUGUUCUUGCAACUGGGACCUGACUGUGUCUGAGCCCCUUGGACCACACUCAGGAUCUUGGGCUGAUGGCUUCUCAUCCCAGGAGGUCUUAACUGGAAGGCAGAUGGGUCCCAGUUAAGGAAGGGACUCCGGCUGCGGGGUUUGUCGAUGAGAGUCUGAGCUAGCUGGAUACCUCAUUCUCUCCUAAGCCAUCUCUCCGCUCUGGGCAACUUCAUGGAGAAACGCCCCUGUCAGUAGGCCGCACUCAUGGCAUGUGGCCAAGCUGCUGGAGGGAUGCCCUGAAGCGGCCACCACCAUGCAUUUCCCUUCUGAAGCCUUCAGCUUGUCCUGGCAUUCUGGUUGCAGCACAAGUGACGUGUGUGUGCAGUGGUGUCCCCUCUCCCGGCACUGUAGCACCGAGAAAAGCAGCUCUAUUGGCAGCAUGGAGAGCCUGGAGCAACCAGGCCAAGCCACCUAUGAGGGCCACCUCUUGCCCAUUGACCAGAACAUGUACCCCAAUCAACGUGACUCAGCCUAUAGCUCCUUCUCGGCCAGCUCAAAUGCAUCUGACUGUGCUCUUUCCCUCAGGCCAGAGGAGCCAACCUCCACAGACUGCAUCACACAAGGCCCAGGGCCAAGUAAGGUCCCCAAUGUCCGGCCUAAUGUGGCUGAAACCUCGGGAGGUAGCCAGCGCACCAACGGGGGCCAUUUGACGUCAUCUCGCUCACAGGAAGGCCACCACCCAGGGUCUGCCAAGGGGGUCAGGGGCCCACCACAACCUCCAGUGAGGCGGGACAGUCUUCAGGCCUCCAGAGCCCAACUUCUCAAUGGAGAGCAGAGCAGGGCUUCUGAGCCUGUGGAUUCCUUGCAACAGAAGGAGAAAGUGAAUUUAGAGACAAUGAUGGUUCCCAGGAACCCUAACAGGUUCUGCUGCCUCAGUGGACAAGAGCAAAUGACAAAUGAGGGCCAUCAGAACUGUGAACUCAGCCAGUCUCCCGAAGCCAGCCAGCAGGGCUCUGAACAUCUACUGACAGAGGCUUCAGCCAAUGUUCUUGGUUCCCCCAAAGCCUGUGAGAAAGCUUCCACCAGAGUUUCUAGCCCACUCAGUGAGGCUUCAGCAGAGCUACCUAAGACUUCCUCCUUUGGCCGCUUUCCACACCUCACAGGACCCACAGGGCAUCGCCACAGUGCCCCUGAACAGCUGCUGGCAUCCCACCUGCAGCAUGUGCACCUCGAUUCCAGGGACAGCAAAGGGACAGAGCUUCCCACUGGGCAGGAUGGACACCAGUGGACUUUGUCCCCUUUGCACAACAGCCACAAAGGGAAGAAAAUUCCAUGUUCCCCUCCAGGAGGAACCCAGGACCAGCCCAGCAAAGAAAGAAAGACCAGGCCAAUGGAAGAUAGGCCUUUGGGUUCAGGACAUCAGAGCCAAAGCAGUUGUACACAUGGAGAGACUGAUGGACACCCUCCAGAACAAGGUUUCUUAGACCCAAGCAGAGCAAGCAAAGCAGGCAGUGAAUUGGCCAGCCAGCAGCCCUCUGCCUCUGGCUCUCUCGUUCAAACCAGAGAUUGUUCUUCAAGUGCUAAAGUAGCUAGCAGCAAAGAGACAACUGAAGAAGGGGACAGUGAGCCCAAAGAAUGUGGCCGGGUGGGCGGUAGGCGAAGUGGAGGUCCCCGGGGUCGCUCAAUCCAAAAUCGGCGGAAAAGUGAGCGCUUUGCUACCAAUCUGCGCAAUGAAAUUCAGAGGAGGAAGGCCCAGCUUCAGAAGAGCAAAGGCCCCUUGUCACAGCUGUGUGACACUAAGGAGCAAGUGGAAGAGACCCAGGAGCCUCCCGAAAGUCCUCCACUCCCUGCCUCUAACUCAGCUCUUCUAUCUUCAUAUAAAAAACCCCCUAGCCCCAGAGAUAAGCUCUUCAACAAAAGCAUGAUACUCAGGGCUCGGUCUUCAGAGUGCCUCAGCCAAGCUCCUGAGAGCCACGAAUCUAGGAUAGGCCCGGAGGGACAAAAAAGCCCUGGCCGGAGGUCUGGCCAGUCCUCUUUGGGCCUAAACUCCUGGUGGAAAGCCUCUGACACAUCCUCAGACUCUGAGAAAGCAAAUGCUCAUCAUGGAGUCCGUGGAGGUCACUGGAGAUGGUCUCCAGAGCAUAACCUGCAGCCACAUGUGGCACUAGCCAUGGAAGGCCCUUCCAGCCCAGGUGACAACAAGGAAUUGAAGACUUCUCCUGUCCAAGCUGGGGAGGAAGCCAUCCUUUUGCCCUUUGCAGACAGAAGAAGGUUCUUUGAAGAGAGCAGCAAAUCCUUAUCCACAUCUCAUUUGCCAGGUUUAACCACUCAGAGCAACAAGACUUUUAGCCAGAGACCAAAACCUAUAGACCCCAACUUUCAGUCAAUGAGCUCCAGCUAUCGGGAAUUGAGGCGCCAUCCCAUGGACCAGUCAUAUCACUCCACAGAACAACCGUAUCAUGCCACAGACCAACCAUUUCAUUCCAUGUCACCCCUUCAGUCAGAAACUCCUGCUUACUCAGAAUGCUUUGCAAGCAAAGGUCUAGAAAAUUCCAUGUGUUGUAAGCCACUGCACUGUGGUGAUUUUGAUUACCACAGGACCUGCUCUUACUCCUGCAGUGUUCAGGGAGCUGUAGUCCAUGACCCUUGCAUUUAUUGUUCUGGGGAAAUCUGUCCUGCCUUGCUAAAGAGAAAUAUGAUGUCCAACUGCUACAAGUGCAGAUACCACCACCACCAGUGUAUCCGAUGUUCUGCUUGCUAUCAUAAUCCUCAGCACAGUACUCUUGAGGACAGCAGCUUGGCACCUGGCAACGCUUGGAAUCCCAGGAAGCCACCAGUGCAGGAAUUUCCUGGGGACAAAUGGAAAUCAAUAACAGGAAACAGAAAGACCAGCCAGUCAGGGAGGGAAAUGGCUCAUGCCAAGACUAGCUUCCCAUGGGCAACCCCCUUCCAUCCUUGCCUCGAGAACCCAUCACUGGAUUUAUCAAGUCAUCGAGCAGUUUCUUCUCUUGAUCUCCUUGGAGACUUCAAACAGGCCUUGAAAAAAACGGAGGAAACUUCCGUUUAUGAGGAGGGGAGCUCCCUGGCCGCCAUGCCCCGCCCACUGCGCAGCCGGGCCUUCUCAGAGAGUCACAUCAGCUUGGAGCCCCAGAGUACCCGGGCCUGGGGACAGCCUCGCAGGGAGCUCUUUAGCAAAGGGGAUGAGACUCAGCCAGAUCCUCUGGGAGGCAGGAAGAAGGCCUUUCCUCCUCCUCGCCCUCCUCCUCCAAACUGGGAGAAGUACAGGCUCUUCCGGGCAGCCCAGCAGCAGAAGCAGCAGCAGCUGCAGCAGCAGCAGCAGAAGCAACAACAACAGCAGCAGCAACAGCAGCAGGAGGAGGAGGAAGAGGAGGAGGAAGAGGAAGAAGAAGAGGAAGAGGGAGAAGAAGAGGAAGAAGAGCUGCCACCCCAGUAUUUCAGCUCAGAAACCACUGGUUCAUGUGCUCCCAAUCCUGAGGAGGUCCUAGAACAACCACAACCCCUUGGUCACCGGGAGGCUUCAAGGCAGGGUUCACAAAGCCUCCCAGAUCAAGAGGCCUUUGCUCUCCAUUCCAGUAAUUUCCUGCCUCCAAUAAGAGGCCACCCGGGUUCUCAACCUGAGCAGGCUCAGCCCCCUUGCUAUUAUGGUGUUGGUGGACUUUGGAGGACAUCAGAGCAGGAGGCCACUGAUUCCCCCAAACCAGAAGUCUCGAUGGCAGAAGAGUCGAAACCUAAUCCAGCAUGGAACCAGCGCUACUUCUUUCCUGAGGAGAAAUUUGCUUUCAUGGCCUGGGGCUCUGAGAAGCAGCACCCCAGCCCUGCAGGCUUUGGUGAACCUAAAACAACAGGACAAGAGUUUCAGCACUUCUCACCUCCUCCAGGCACCUCAGGAAUCCCUACCUCUUACUCAGCUUAUUACAAUAUUUCUGUGGCCAAAGCAGAGCUGCUGAACAAGUUGAAAGACCAGCCAGAGAUGGCAGAAAUUGGCCUGGGAGAGGAGGAAGUGGAUCACGAACUGGCUCAAAAAAAGAUACAGCUUAUUGAAAGCAUUGGUCGAAAACUUUCUGUCCUGCGAGAGGCACAGCGAGGGCUGCUGGAGGAUGUGAAUGCCAAUUCUGCCCUUGGGGAGGAAGUGGAGGCUAACUUAAAAGCCGUCUGCAAAUCCAAUGAGUUUGAAAAAUAUCGCUUGUUUAUUGGGGACCUGGACAAAGUGGUCAACCUGUUGCUGUCACUUUCUGGACGAUUGGCCCGGGUGGAGAAUGCUCUCAACAGCAUUGAUUCAGAGGCCAAUCAAGAGAAGUUGGUGCUGAUAGAGAAGAAGCAGCAGCUGACAGGCCAGUUAGCAGAUGCCAAGGAGCUGAAGGAGCACGUGGACCGCCGGGAGAAGUUGGUGUUUGGAAUGGUCUCCCGCUACCUGCCUCAGGAUCAGCUCCAAGAUUACCAGCACUUUGUCAAGAUGAAAUCUGCUCUUAUCAUUGAACAGCGAGAGCUGGAAGAGAAGAUCAAGCUUGGGGAAGAGCAGCUGAAAUGUCUCAGGGAGAGCCUACUCCUGGGGCCCAGCAAUUUCUAAUUCUCUUAGCAGACUGCCACAGCAGCCCUGCCUGGCCACAGUGGGAAGGAAGUGCUUUCGAUCUUCAGUAGUGGUUUGUUAACAAGUAAACAGCAACAAGUUAGUGAUUCAUCCCAGCCCUCUACCCUGGCUCUGUCUCACUGCUUCUUCCCUAGCAGUGGUCCCAACCAGUGAGGGGACCCUAGGGGGUCAUCAAGCUUCUGCAGGGAGCUGCGGCAAGGUGUGAUCACACAACCACAUUCUCCUUCCCACAGUGUAUGUGGGCAAGCAGUCACUGCCCACAGAAUCACCAAAGUGCCUUUAUUCUCUCUGUACCCGCACACCAAAGACCAAGAACUCCCCACCCAUCUGUGCAGCUCCAUUGUGCUCCAGGGCUUAGGGCCCAGUCAUCUCCCACAGAGAACUGCCUGACUUGAGGGCAUUCAUCUACCACGAUUUUCAGAGCCUCACCCAAGCUUUGUAGUGGGAGGUAUAGAAGGAGGGAUUGUAUGUGACAGAAGAUGGGCAAAGGUAGGGCAUUCUUAGGU